UAUUGCAGAGGGUGGGAUUUACUUUUGGCAUUGCUACUCGUCUCCAGUCACUGCACGGCCACAGUUAACACAAAGUUUGACACCGGAUUAGCUGUCCAGGUCUGAUCGGUAAAAUCAGAGAAACAGUUUGGUUCCUGUUACUAAGGCUGUUGCAUGUGUUUUAUUUUAGAUUUCAGGCAACCACCUAAUAACAUAAUAUAAGCUUAUACAAGUUCGAAGCAACGAUAUUAGUUACCGAGUUUCGGAGACCAUGCACAGUCCGAGAGUUAAGAAGAAAGAUCUAAUAUCCAUUGAUUCAGCACAACUGAUCAAAAACAAAAACCAUGGCUACAGAAAAUCUAGUAGUACUAAUCCUGCACAGAUUUCGAAACCAAGGUCCAAAGUUAACACUAGUUUUAACGCUAGGUUACACGUGACCACUCAAGUAUAUCGAUCUACUCCUGGUUCAAGACUAGUGCCGCAACUGAUUGUAGGGCAGUCAAUGAAACGUCGUGAUCUAGUACAGAAGACGAGAAACGUCAGUAUGAACGGAGAAAAAAAUGGAACGGCUAGCCCGCCUGCUGUUACGAAUGGACACGGUAACCUGUCACCAGAGGCAGCCAACGGGGAGAGAAGCUGUCCUAUGAUGAGUAUGAAAAGUAGGACACCUUCCCCGCAGCAGAAGUUCAUAAGAAUACAGAACUUUUCAACUGGAAAGCAGUAUGUUGAUACGUUACACCAGAAAAGGGAGACAACAGCAUCAUGUUCAGAAACCCGUUGCCUUGGAUCCAUGAUGUUUCCAGAAAAAGCUUCAACGGAAACAAGACCAAAGGAAGAAGUUUUAAAUCACGCAGUAGAUUUCAUAAACGAGUACUACGACCACAUCAAAAAACGGUUGACGCCGUUAUAUGAAAGCAGAAUUAAGGAAGUAAAACAGAGUAUUGAGUCAACAGGGACAUAUACUCUCACAGAAAAGGAACUUAUUUUUGGGGCAAAGUUGGCUUGGCGAAAUUCAGCCAGAUGUAUUGGUAGGAUCCAAUGGACUAGGCUACAAGUAUUUGAUGCUCGAAAUGUUAGCACUGCGUCAGAAAUGUUUCAGGCCAUCUACUCGCAUAUUGUAUACGCAACGAAUAAAGGCAAUUUAAGAGCUACAAUGACGGUUUUCCCGCCAAGGAAAGAUGGAAAGGAUUUCCGUGUCUGGAAUCCCCAAUUUAUAGGGUAUGCAGGAUACACCCAGCCCGACGGUUCGAUUAUAGGUGAUCCUGCAAAUGUGGAAUUUACGGAGGUUUGUAUGACUCUUGGUUGGAAAGGUAACGGAGGGUAUUUCGACGUGUUGCCUCUAGUUUUAUCCGCAAACGGAGGUGAGCCUGAACUAUUUGAACUUCCAUCAAGUAUAGUACUUCAAGUCGAGAUUUCACACCCUUCAUAUGAUUGGUUUGCUGCCCUUGGAAUUAAAUGGUACGCGUUGCCCGCCGUGUCAUGUCUAAUGUUGGAUAUAGGAGGAAUCCAGUUCCCCGGGGCACCCUUCAACGGAUGGUAUAUGGGGACUGAGAUUGGUGGCAGAGACCUAUGUGACCCACAACGGUAUAAUAUGUCGGAGAAAAUAGCUCAAGAAAUGGGCUUAGAUACUAACAGCUAUUCGUCGUUGUGGAAGGAUCGUGCUGUUGUUGAGGCUAACUUUGCUGUUCUGUAUAGCUUCCAGAAAGCUGGAGUGACCAUCGCUGACCAUCAUUCAAUGUCUGAUUCAUUUUUGAAACACAUGGACAAUGAACAGCGUCUGCGUGGAGGAUGUCCUGCAGAUUGGGUGUGGAUUGUACCGCCUAUAUCCGGAGGUGUUACCUCUGUCUUCCAUCAGGAGAUGCUUAACUAUAAACUGAGGCCCUCGUUUGAGUACCAGGCCGACGCUUGGAAAGUUCAUUCCUGGAAGAAAAACGACGGAAGCCCAAAACCAAAAAUUAAGGGUAUUACAUUCAAGAAAAUUGCCAAAGCUGUCAAAUUAUCUACUGCAAUGAUGAACAGUGCAAUGGCUAAACGCAUCAAAGUAACUAUUCUGUAUGCGACCGAAACGGGAAAAUCUGAAUAUUUUGCUGACAGACUUUGCGAAGUUUUCAGAUAUGCUUUUAAUCCCAAGAUUAUGUGCAUGGAUGAAUAUGACUUCACUGAUCUUGAAAAUGAGGCUCUUCUUCUUCUUGUAACCAGUACAUUUGGCAACGGUAACCCGCCAUCAAAUGGUGAGAGUUUUUACAACAUUUUAGAGGAACUGAUGCUUGAUGAAUACAGAUCAUUGAUGAAUAUUAGCAUGCCAAAAUUUGCAGUUUUCGGCUUAGGUUCAAAAGCCUACGUCAAUUUCUGUGCGUUUGCCAAGGACAUUGAUCGUAUGCUAAUUAACCUCGGUGGAGAACGCAUUUUUAAAGUAGGAGAAGGUGAUGAACUCAGCGGUCAGGAUGUAUCGUUUAAUACCUGGGCACGUGAUGUAUUCAAGAAAUCGUUGGAAGAAUUCUGUCUUGAAGAUGACGAAAACUACAAAGAUGCUGUAAAGAUGUUGACAACUGAAGGACAACAAUGGAACAGUGAUGACUGGCAAUCCAUAGGAACUAAUGACAUAGAACCAGAAAUUACUAAUGGACUUAGUGCCAUCCAUAGAAAGAGUAUCAACAUGUGCAAGAUUAUAUCUGUAGAAAACCUGCAAUCUGAAAAAUCAGGCCGCUCUACUAUUCUGGUCAAGAUGUCAACGAAAGGUUCAAACGAAAUGGACUAUGAACCUGGGGAUCACGUGACUAUCUUUCCAGCCAAUGAAGAAAGCCUUGUGAAUCGUAUAAUCGCACGUACAGAUUUGCAAGGCAUUAGUGCAGACGCUGUGAUUCGAUUAGAGAAACAGGAAACGAAGACUACAUUGUUCGGCAAGGUACAAAGCUGGAAAGUAUGUGACCGAUUGCCAGAAUGUUCUCUGAGGAUGGCGUUGUCGCGAUACUUAGACAUAACUUCAACUCCUACCCCUGAUUUUAUUGCUCUUCUGGCAACUUUCACAGACAAUAAAGAAGAUAAGAAAAAUCUUAGCACUCUAGCUGAUGGAACAUCACUGUACGAGGACUGGAAGUUUGAGCAUCAUCCAAACAUGGCAGAAAUCCUGGAAGAAUAUUCGUCAGUGCGUAUUCCAGCAACUUUGUUGAUGGCAGAGUUACCUGUGUUAAAGCCUAGGUACUAUUCAAUCAGCUCAAGUCUCAGAAUGUUCCCAGGUGAAAUCCACCUAACUGUCGCUGUCGUCACCUACAAAACGCGAGAGGGGAAGGGAGCUGUGCAUAAUGGUGUAUGCUCAACAUGGCUUAACUGCCUAAAACCAGGGGAUGAAGUGCCGGCCUUUAUUAAAACUGCCAUUAGCUUCCACAUCCCGGCAAAUCCAUCAACCCCAGUCGUCAUGAUUGGACCUGGCACCGGUAUUGCUCCUUUCCGUGGGUUUUGGCAGGAGAGAACACAUUACCUAAAGGACAAAAAUAACAGUGACAAACUCUCAGCCAAUUGGAACCUGUAUUUUGGAUGCCGGCAGUCUUGUAUGGAUCACAUAUAUAAAGAGGAAACGCAGAAAGCUAAAAAUGGACUAGCUCUUGCCGAAGUAUACGUUGCCUACUCAAGAGAGCCAGACCAACCAAAGACUUAUGUUCAAGAUAUGCUAAAGAAGAACAGCACUAAACUAUACAAUCAUAUUAUGAAAGAUGAUGGCCAUUUGUUUGUGUGUGGUGAUGUGUCUAUGGCCACUGGUGUAAACAAAGCAUUCUUACACAUCUAG